GUAUUUACCAGUUUUCACAAUAGAGCAGCCCACUUCUCAAGUUUAGAGAAAUAACAAAUUAUCCUGGGUUAAAGAGCCAGAGGAUGAGUUUAAAAGUUUAUGACAUAUACCCUGCUCUAGAGAAACUCAACUCGGCAUCUGACAAAGCAAAAUCCAAGAUCGAAUGUAUUGAAUGCAGUGAUAAAAAUUUAUUUAUAGGAACUAACGAUUGCUAUGUUAUACAUUAUCUAUUGGAAGAAGUGAAAGGAAGAAACAACCGGCUCUCUUUUAAAAGUGAACGCCAUGAACACAAAUACUUGGGCCUGAAAAAGCCAAUAGAAAAGCUGAAUGUAGCAAAGGCUCUGAAGAGAUUACUUGUAUUAUGUGAUGAAUCUUUGUUGAUGUUGAAUAUGCUUCCUCUAGAACCCGUUGUUGGAAUGGGUAAAAUAAAGAGUGUUGUCAGCUUUUGUAUAAAUCCAAAUCCCGUUAGAAAGAAUCCUUUCAGUAUCGAGCUAUGUAUUGCACUUAAGAAAAGAGUGGUACAAGUGUAUACUCUAACUGAAGAUAGGGUGUUUGUUACAAAAGAAAUUACAACACAACAGCCUUCUGUGUAUAUUUCGAUGAAUGCAAGCUACAUAUGCGCUGCUCUUCAAGAUCAGUAUAUAAUGAUGAACACUGAAACUUCUACCGUUCAAGACUUAUUCCCCUAUCAAAACGAAAGAACAAACCCGCUAAUCACUUUAAUAAAAAAUAACGAAUACCUUAUAAAUGGUCCAAAUGCCUUGGGAGUGUUUGUUACAACGGCUGGAAUGUCACAAAGACCUCCUCUUCAGUGGAGUGAAUCGCUUAUUUCAGUAGUAUGUUCUUAUCCAUACGUUCUUGCUCUAAAUGAUGAAUUUAUUACUAUUCAUAGUAUUCUAGAUCAACAACAAAAACAGAGUAUACCCUUUCAAGGAGGUCAAUUUAUAGCAGAAUUUGGUGACAAAAUUUUGGUUUCAACCCACUAUCAAAUUUUCGCUCUAGUUCCUAUUUCAUUAGAGACUCAGGUCCAAGAUCUGUUAAGUGAUCGAAGAGUAGAAGAAGCUUUGGAGUUGACGAGCGUAAUGGGAAAAGUUCAAUUACCAGGGGAAAAAUAUCAUAAAUUAAUGAAAAAAGUACUUUUGAUGGCUGGUUUUAUUGAAUUUGCGAACAUGAAUUUUGAAAACUCAACAAAAUACUUUUUGAAAUCGAAAUUGGAUUGUCGCGAGCUUAUUAUACUUUUUCCAAAUCUUUUACCGUCCGACAAUGAAUUUUCUCGUUCAAUUCCACCUCUUCACGAAAUUGCCGACAUUUUACAACUAUGUAAAGGAGAUGCAGAAAAAAUUUCCUUAUAUGAGGAAUUUCUAUGUAAAAUAUUAACCGCAAUGGAAUUGAACGAUUCUAAUAAACAAUAUAAAAUGGAAUCUGAUACUGCUCUUUUGAAAGUCUACGCAAAGAAUAAUUAUGAAGAAUUAAUAAAAUUUUUAGAUAACUCUAAUCGUCAGCUUCACGAUGAGUGCAUAGAUUGGCUGAGGAAUAGGAAUAGACACUACGCAUUAGGACUUUUAUACGGUAUAAAAAAUAAUUGGACAAGUGCCCUUGAUAUUUGGACAAAAAUAGCGGAUGGAGAAUUAGAAGACGAAAUGUUUCCUGGUAUUGAAUAUGUUUUAGACUGUUUAUUAAAGAUUGAAGGAGACGAACUAGUAUGGAGUUACCUUGAAUGGGCUUUGAAGAAAGAUCCAAUUUCGGCUGUUAAAAUUAUCAUUCAACGACAAGAAAAGUAUCCACAAUCUGAUUUAUUUUUGGCAGAUUCUAUAAUUGAUCUCCUUCUACCGUAUAAUCGAGCUGUUACCACAUAUUUAGAGCAUUUAGUAUUUAAGCAAGAAACGAAAGAAGAGAGGUAUCAUACCCAUUUAGCGGCUUUAUAUCUCGAGAGAGUUUUGAAGAUCAGAGGUGACUCGACCGAGACAUCAACUUAUAAAUUAUCAACAAAUACAGAAUUAGUAAGCGCUAGAAAAGAUUUUCAAAGAAUAUUACGAGAAUCCAGUCUCUUUCGUGUUCAUUUAAUCCUUGGAAAAUUAAAAAAUACCGAUAUGUAUACUGAAAUGGCAAUUUUAUAUGGAAAGCUAGAGGAGCACGAAAGAGCUUUAAAGCUACUAGUUCACAAGCAGAGAGAUUUUGUAGCUGCUGAAGAAUAUUGUGAAAUGUAUGCAAAAGGUCGAGAUAUUGAAUCUAGACGUUAUCUCUUUCAUUCACUACUCCAAGUAUAUUUAGAUGCUAAAUAUGAGAAAAUUGAUAAUUUAAUUGGACCGACAAUAUCGUUACUUAACAAGCAUCCUGCAGAGUUUGAUCCUGUUCGAGUUUUACAACAAUUACCGGAAAAUUUGUCUAUAGGUCUUAUAUCAUCCUUUUUGUCGAGUUCUAUAAGGCGACAUUUGCAUGGGAGUAGAACGUCCAGAAUUCAUAGAAUGUUGGCUAGGAGGCAACAUCUACAAGUAAAAUCAAGAGUUUUCCACGAACAACAAACUUCAAUCACUAUAUCAGAUAAUCAAGUUUGCGACGUCUGCAACAGGAUAUUUGAUGAGCCAACCUGCGUUCGUUUUCCGAAUGGUGCGAUAUCGCAUAUUCAGUGCUCAAAAACUUCGCUCAAUCCAUUUUUGUAA